AUGGCAAGCUGCUCAGGACUAAAUCUGGGAACGUUAACAAAGUCGAAUGUCACGUCUUUCGUACAGUGCGUCUUGGAAUUGGUUGCGGAUUCUUUGACUACACACGCCACAGCGAUUGCGGUAAGAAUACAUACGGAGAAACGCGAAAUUCAAGUUAUCGACAAUGGCAUCGGAAUACGAAAAGAUACUUUAGACCGUGUCGGGGAAUACGACGCAAAAGGUGCGAACAAUCCGCAAGAGCCGUACAAUCUAUCUGAUUCAAACAGUCGUAUGCUAGUCUCCUUCUCAAUUAGAGAUGAAGAACAGAAGAGAGUUGCGUUGAGAAUUGCUAAGUCGCAUAGCCCAAUUGAUAUCUUGAGAGCAUUAUUUGGGAAAGACUUACCACUGAAUCAUAUAUGGUCGAUACAAUGCUGUACAAAGUAUGACAUGAAUUAUCACGGCUAUGUGGGACUAUCCGAUAAAAAUGCGAUGCAGUGCAUAUUUCUAAAUUACAGACUUAUCAAUUGUUCCUUUAUUUUGAAAUUAAUUAUAACUGACUUCACAGAAAAAUUCAAUUUAUCAUCUUGCCAAAAAUUUAACGGACAAGAUUUGCAGGAUAAAAACAUUUUUAUUUUGUUCUUUCUUACACUUACACAAGAUGAAUUUGAAUUUAUUACUGAGAAUGGCAAGAAGCUCUUAAUGUUUCGUGAUGUACGAAAGAUAUUAAAUAACAUUAAAGCUUGUUCGUUUAAGCUCGUCGCGAAAGAAACCACAAUUCCUGCCGGUACAACUUAUUCGCGCGAUACACAAUUAUUAAAACAAAUACAUUUAAGAUUAGAAACAUCUAUCUUCAACAAUACUUGUGGACGUAGUAAAAAUAUUACACCUUUGACGAGAGGCCAUAAAAUCAUCAUAACUGGUAUUAAAAGAAAAAUGACUACGUCAAAUAUUGUAACUACUUAUUUCAACAAACGAUGGAACAGAAGUGACGAUAUUAAAGCCACGGAUCAUCAAUCUAAUAAACUAGAUAUUGCCUGUGCAAAAUAUAAAAAAUCGCGUGAAAGCCAACUUACAAAGAAAUCGCAUAUUGAUGUCGAUAAAAAUAUAAACUCGUCUCAUAAAACACAAACGCAUUGUAGAAAUCUUGCGAUAGAAAGCAAUUCUGCUGACAAGAUAGGUGAUGAUCGCAAUAGUAAAAACGACGAUUUUGCAAGUGACAUUUCUCUUUGUUCUGAAUGGUCCGAUUGGAGUUACUGUUCAAAUAAUAAAGAAGCCAACUCUGUGAGAAAUGUGCAGGAUACAUUUUCUAAAACUGACGAACGUUACCAACGGCUCUUCGAAUAUACCAGACAAUUUAAUUUUCUACCUCAAAAACUGUACAGACUCUUACAAUAUCGCCAGGACAAAAUAACAAACGUAAAGCACAUCAAUGAUCCUAACAGUAGUGAUAGUGUUAUCUCACUUCAGGGAAAUUGGCAACGCGAGAAAAUAGAAGUACAUCCGUGCAAUUUGAAGGAAAAAUUGUGCGAACUCAGAUUGUCGCAUGCUUCAUUGAAAUGCAUUAAGGUCAUUAAUCAAAUUAAUGACGAAUUCAUCGCCGCGUGGAUGAUGUACGAUCAAAUGAAAAUAUUACUAAUGAUAGAUCAACAUGCUGUCCACGAGAGAAUACGUUACGAAGAUUUACUUCUCAGAUACAAGGCACAAAAAGAGGACGAACUGCUUUCUGUAAACCUACGUCAGCCACUAGCCGUAAAAUUUCCUACACAGACGUGCAAUUUACUCUUGCGCCAUAAAAUGUUAUUGAGGAAGUACGGGAUCAGUUUGGGAUCGUUAAAGAAAAAUACACUGUUAAUACGCGCAAUACCGCAAUGCUUGGUUACAAGCAAUGAUCGCAACAGCGAAAAAGUAUUGUCGAGAAUUUAUAAUCUAUUAAAUGACAUACUGGAGGACUAUAAUGCAACCAGUCGUACGAGCAUAUUACCGUUAACUAUCCAUAAUGCCAUAGCAUCGGAAGCUUGUCAUGUGUACGCGCCUAAUAAAGUUACUGAGGUGUACAAAAUUUCCUAA